AUGAGCACCACAUUUCUGCAGACUUCUUCCUCCACCUUUGGGGGUGGCCCGACCUGGCGGGGGUCCCUCAUGGCUGGGGGAGGAGGCUUUGGUGGAGGGAGUCUCUAUGGGGGAGGUGGGAGCCGCAGUAUCUCGGCUUCUUCUGCCAGGUUUGUCUCCUCGGGGUCAGCAGGGGGCUAUGGGGGAGGCUUCAGUGGAGGGGCUGGUAGUGGUUUGGGUGGAGGCUUUGGUGGUGGCUUUGGUGACUUCGGCGGUGGCGGCCUCCUCUCUGGCAACGAGAAGCUCACUAUGCAGAACCUCAACGACCGCCUGGCCUCCUACCUGGAGAAGGUGCGCGCCCUGGAGGAGGCCAACGCUGACCUGGAGGUGAAGAUCCGCGACUGGUACCAGAAGCAGAGCCCAAGCAUCCCGGAGCACGACUACAGCCCCUACUUCAAGACCAUAGAAGAACUCCGAGACAAGAUCCUGGCGGCCACCAUAGACAACUCCCGGGUUAUCCUGGAGACUGACAGAGCCAGGCUGGCUGCAGAUGACUUCAGACUCAAGUAUGAGAACGAGCUGGCCCUGCGCGUGAGCGUGGAGGCCGACACCCACGGCCUGCGCAGGGUGCUGGACGAGCUGACCCUGGUAAGGACUGACCUGGAGAUGCAGCUAGAGGGCCUGAAGGAGGAGCUGGCCUACCUCCGGAAGAACCACGAGGAGGAGAUGAAGGAGUUCAGCAACCAGCUGGCCGGCCAGGUCAACGUGGAGAUGGACGCAGCCCCGGGGGUGGACCUGACCCGCGUGCUGGCAGAGAUGAGGGAGCAGUACGAGGUCGUGGCGGAGGAGAACCGCCGGGAUGCUGAGGCCUGGUUCUUCAGCAAGACAGAGGAGCUGAAUAAGGAGGUAGCUUCCAACACAGAGAUGAUCGAGACCAGCAAGAUGGAGAUCGUAGACCUGAGACGCACGGUGCAGGGGCUCGAGAUGGAGCUGCAGUCCCAGCUCAGCAUGAAAGCCGGGCUGGAGAGCACGCUGGCGGACACCGAGUGCCGCUACGCCCUGCAGCUGCAGCAGAUCCAGGGCCUCAUCAGCAGCAUCGAGGCCCAGCUGAGCGAGCUCCGCAGUGAGAUGGAGUGCCAGAACCAGGAGUACAAGAUGCUGCUGGACGUGAAGACGCGGCUGGAGCAGGAGAUCGCCACCUACCGCAGCCUGCUGGAGGGCCAGGAUGCCAGGAUGGCUGGCAUUGGUACCAGAGAAGCCUCCCUGGGAGGUGGUGGCAGUGGCAAAGUCCGCAUCAACGUUGAGGAGUCAGUGGAUGGGGAGGUGGUUUCUUCUCGAAAGAGAGACAUCUAAGUGCCCAGCGCAGGAGAGACACACCCGUCAUCCCCACCCUCCCCAGGCUGAGUGGACAGCUGGCUGGAGGGACCAGAAAAGCAAACUUGGGCUUCCCUGGUGGCACAGUGGUUAAGAAUCCACCGGCCAGUGCAGGGGACAUGGGUUCGAGCCCUGGUCCGGGAAGAUCCCACAUGCCACGGAGCAACUAAGCCCGUGAGCCCCAACUACUGAGCCUGCGCCCUAGAGCCCGCGAGCCACAACUACCGAAGCCCACGCACCUAGAGCCUGUGCUCCGCAACAAGAGAAGCCACUGCAAUCAGAAGCCCUCGCACUGCAACCAAGAGCAGCCCCCCACUCGCCGCAACUAGAGAAAGCCCGCGUGCAGCAAUGAAGACCCAACACAGCCAGAAAAAAAAAAAAGAAAAGAAAAGAAAAGAAAAGCAAACUCCAGGCCCUGCCUUCAGAGGGUCCAGCUCAAGGGGUCCCUCAUCUCCUAGCUGGGUGCUUCACAUGCUUUCCCAGACCCCGCUUCAGCUUUCCCACCUCCCUUACAGCAGGGAGGUGCAAGAAACAGCUGUAUUGUGUAACAAGCUCAUGGUUUGUACCACGUCCAUGCA